GACUCGCUGGGAGGGAAUCAAACCGCAGUGCGAGAUUCUGAAUUCACUGAAGAAACAUCAGCAUGAAGUCGUUUCCUCACAGAAUUUGAGUGUAGUGGUAACGCACGUUUUAACGCGAUAAUGUAAGACAAAUAUCACGUCUAUAGGACUGGCUUUCGUAACUUCAUUAAAAGCUGUUGUCAGGUCGGCUCUUGCUAAGCUGAAGAAGCGGGGUCCAAUUCAUAACUAUCCUUGAAAAGGAAGGCUGAAACCGGAAGCUGUUGAAGGUGCACGGGGGAGCGUUGUUUGUUUUAAAUGGCAGAUGAUGAAUGACAUUUUUGAACAUUAAACUGCGAGAUAUAUAGCACUGAAAAUUACUAAUACUAAUGAUUUUUCGUCAUGGAGGCGAUUAGCACCUUUGUUUAUUGAGAUGUUCAGGUAAGUCACCGAAACUCCGUCACAUCCCACUGUCACUCCUACAAAUGCUCGCGGCUGUGAACUGUUGUCAAACUGGUAUGUGUCGUACGCGGUGUUAUAAUGUGGCUGUGAAUGAGAACACAGUCGAUUUAUGGAAGAAUUUCAAUUAAAAGCAUCGAAUAUGUGAAUACCUUGUAUUCGUACUUUUUAUCUAUAUCCAUAAUAAUUUACAGCACCAAGGCAGGAAAUCUCUGGAGAAAUCUGAAAGUAUUUUUUAUCCAAAGUUUCCUUGUUCGGAGCACAAAAGAGUGUCAAGGUACAAUGCUCGGGUUUCCAGCGAUAGGUUUCAGCUUGCUUUUCCUGCUGCAUCUUGUUUGGGGCAGAGUGAUCUACAAUGGAAAUGAUGUGUUCCUAGAAGAGAAGUCAGCAGGUUUGUUUCUCUCCCGUAAACUGUUGUAUAACAGUUGGGAUUUUGAGGUAGUGGUGCCUGACGAUCUACAGAGAGAAUGCAUAGAGGAAAUAUGCUCAUAUGAAGAGGCCAGAGAGGUGUUUGAAGAUGACAGAAAGACGGCUAAUUUUUGGAAAACCUAUGUCAGCAGUCACGAAACGUUGCCCCCAGUGGAUGUGUCUGGUUUGGUAGCUGGCAUUGUGGCUAUUGUAAUAACAGCGAUUAUAGCCACUGUGUUGGGCAUUUAUUGCUACAAGAACAGGGGCAAAAAUUCAAGAGGGGGCAGCGUUCCUGUGCGUAUAGGUGUGGAUGGGCAGCCACUACCUGAAUCUGUGCCCUUGUCUAACAGGGCUCCAGGUCUCCCCUCAUACAAUGAGGCUCUGACCCACAGUGGCCAGCAUGAUGCACCUCCACCGGCAUACUCUGGGGGAAGUCCAUCUGAGCCACCUCAAACUCAAGAUGAGGAAUGACAAAGACAUGUUGUUGUUUUUUAAAUGGGGGGGGGGGGGGGGGGAUACAGGGUUUUACUAGUGAAAAAGUGUAGCUUCGGUCACUAAGUGGGUAAUUUAUUAUACUAAGGCUACAUGUUCCGCAGUACCCUAUUUUAUUCUUUAGAAUUUCUAAUUUAAUAGAAAAUUCUAAUUUUGCUACUAUCAUCAUGGAACAUAGUUUCAGUGUGAAUACUGUCAAUAUUUUCAUAAAUCAGGUUUGCUAGU